AUGCUACGUCAAUCAGCUAGAUCAAGUGUUAACAAUAUAGCCAGAUUAUCAUACAAGAGGCCAACGACAUUCGUUAAUAACGGUAUUGCAACUCAAUUGAAUAGUAUGAAAAAUUACUAUUCUCAGGAAGCCAUUAACAUCGAUAAUAAGAGACCAGAAGCAGAUGAAGUAUUAAGAAAAAUUUCUUCUUAUGUUCACAAUAAAGGUAUCACUUCUCCAGAAGCCUAUGAAACUGCAAGGCUCUGUUUAUUGGACACAUUAGGUUGUGGUUUGGCUGCUUUGAAAUAUGAUCAACCUAAAAACCUUAUCAAGCCAAUUGUGCCUGGCACGAUUGUACCUAACGGUACCAAAGUGUUGGGUACUAAAUAUAGAAUGGACCCUGUGAAAGGUGCGUUUGCUAUCGGAACUUUAAUUCGUUGGUUGGAUUUCAAUGAUUGUUGGUUAGCUGCAGAGUGGGGACAUCCCUCUGAUAAUUUAGGUGGUAUUCUUGCCGUGGCAGAUCAUUUAACUAGAUUGUCAAAGGCCACCGGAGGUGAUGAGGGAAGAUUAUUCACCGUGAAAGAUGUGUUAGAAGCUAUGAUCAAAGCACAUGAGAUUCAAGGUAUUAUUGCCUUGGAGAAUUCCUUUAAUAAGGUAGGAUUGGACCACGUUGUUUUGGUCAAAGUUGCUACCACUGCUGUGGUUUCCAAGAUGUUGGGUCUAUCAGAAGCUCAGACCACAGAAGCUUUAUCUCAUGCUUUUGUAGAUGGACAAGCUUUAAGAACUUAUAGGCAUGCUCCAAAUACUGGUUCCAGGAAAUCUUGGGCUGCCGGUGACGCAGUGGCAAGAGCUGUCAACAUUGCAUAUUUGGUGAAGAAUGGAAGUCCAGGUACAAUUCCUUCCGUACUAACCGCUAAGACAUGGGGUUUUUAUGACGUUCUUUUCAAAGGUAAACCAUUCACCUUCCAGCAAAGGGACACUUUCGGUUCUUAUGUGAUGGAAAACGUUCUUUUCAAGAUAUCGUUCCCAGCAGAAUUCCAUGCUCAAACGGCAGUGGAAGCAGCUAUUAAGGUGAAUAAACAGUUGGCAGAGUUGGGCAAAACUUACAAAGACAUUAAAAAGGUCAGAAUUAGAACUCAAGAAGCCGCUGUGAGAAUUAUUGACAAGGAGGGUCCAUUGUACAAUUAUGCUGACAGAGAUCAUUGUAUUCAAUACAUGACUGCUAUUCCAUUAAUUUACGGUAGACUAACGGCUGACGAUUACAGUGAUGAAGUAGCAAGCAACCCUGAAAUUGACGAAUUGAGAGCUAAGAUGUAUUGUACUAAAGAUGACCAAUUCACUUUGGAUUAUCAUGAUCCAUCAAAGAGAUCAAUCCCAAACGCUUUGUUAGUAGAAUUGAAUGAUGGGACUGUCUUAGAUGAAGUGGUCGUAGAAUAUCCAAUCGGUCACAGACUAAGAAGAAAGGAAGGUGUCCCACUAUUGAUGCAGAAAUUCUACCACCAUUUGCGUGAACAUUUCGCCGGCGAUAUUGAAAAGGUGGAAGCUUUAAUGGAAGCAAGUACAGAUGACGGUUUCUUAAACUUAACUGUUGAUGAAUAUGUCAACAUGUACUGCGAUUAA